CGCGUUGUGCGGCGGGCGGAAGUGCUUGCCCAUUCCGCGCCCUCCCGGUGUGCCCCGGGUGUCCGGUGACCCCUUCCCACGCCGGGCGAGCUCGUCAUGGCCGCCUCGAAGCCCGUGGAAGCGACGGGCGGCGGCGGCGGUGGCGGCGGCACGGGGUUGUCUCGCUGGCAGCUGGCGCUGGUGCUGGGGGCGCCGAUCCUGCUGGGCGCCGGCGCGCUGUAUCUGUGGGGACGUCGCGCGGCCCGGCGCAAGGGCGCGAGCGAGCGCAAGACCCCCGAGGGGCGCGCAAGCCCCGGGCCCUCCUCCUGCGGGGGGGGCGGCGGCGGCGGGCAGCCCGACGGGCCCGGCCACGAGGACACGAGCCCUCUUGAUAAAGCCCAAGCAGCCAAGAACAAAGGAAACAAAUAUUUUAAAGCGGGAAAGUAUGAGCAAGCUAUUCAGUGUUAUACUGAGGCUAUCAGCCUGUGCCCUCCUGAGAAGAACCUUGAUCUUUCUACCUUCUAUCAAAAUAGAGCUGCUGCCUAUGAACAGCUGCAAAAAUGGACAGAAGUGGCACAAGACUGCACAAAGGCUGUUGAGCUUAACCCUAAAUAUGUAAAAGCUCUCUUCAGACGUGCGAAAGCUCAUGAGAAGCUAGACAAUAAGAAGGAAUGUUUAGAAGAUGUCACUGCAGUCUGCAUUUUAGAAGCCUUCCAAAACCAGCAAAGUAUGCUAUUAGCUGAUAAAGUUCUUAAACUCCUUGGAAAAGAAAAGGCCAAAGAGAAAUACAAGAAUCGUGAGCCUCUGAUGCCCUCACCGCAGUUCAUUAAAUCCUACUUCAGUUCUUUCACAGAUGAUAUAAUCUCCCAACCUUUGCUUAAGGGUGAGAAAUCAGAUGAAGAUAAGGAUAAGGAGGGAGAGGCUUCUGAAGUAAAAGAAAACUCUGGCUAUUUGAAAGCAAAACAAUAUAUGGAAGAAGAGAACUACGACAAAAUUAUCAGUGAAAGCACAAAAGAAAUUGAAGCAAAGGGAAAAUACAUGGCAGAAGCUUUGCUUCUGCGAGCUACUUUCUAUUUACUUAUUGGCAAUGCAAAUGCUGCCAAACCAGACCUAGAUCAGGUCAUCAGCAUGGAAGAUGCAAACGUGAAGCUCAGAGCUAAUGCUUUGAUCAAACGAGGAAGUAUGUAUAUGCAGCAGCAGCAGCCUGUGCUAUCCACUCAAGACUUUAACAUGGCUGCUGAUAUUGAUCCUCAGAAUGCAGAUGUUUACCACCAUCGAGGACAACUAAAAAUCCUGCUUGACCAAAUCGAAGAGGCUGUGGAAGACUUUGAUGAAUGUAUCAGGCUGCGACCCGAUUCUGCCUUGGCUCAAGCACAGAAGUGUUUCGCUCUGUAUCGCCAAGCUUAUACAGGAAAUAGUCCUUUGUCUGUGCAAGCAGCCAUGAAAGGCUUUGAAGAUGUCAUUAAAAAAUUUCCAAAGUGUGCUGAAGGCUAUGCACUCUAUGCUCAGGCACUAACUGAUCAACAGCAGUUUGGCAAAGCAGAUGAAAUGUAUGAUAAAUGCAUUGACCUUGAGCCAGACAAUGCCACUACAUAUGUUCAUAAAGGUUUACUUCAGCUCCAGUGGAAGCAAGAUUUAGACAGAGGGUUAGAACUCAUAAGCAAGGCCAUUGAAAUUGAUAACAAAUGUGAUUUUGCAUAUGAAACCAUGGGAACGAUUGAAGUGCAAAGAGGUAACCUGGACAAAGCCAUUGAAAUGUUCAACAAAGCUAUCAACCUGGCCAAAUCUGAAAUGGAGAUGGCCCACCUCUACUCACUCUGUGAUGCUGCCUAUGCCCAGACAGAAGUUGCAAAGAAGUAUGGAUUGAAACCACCAACACUGUAAAGAAACGAGGAGGAAAUGACCUUCUAAAGUGAAGUUGCCCACUUCAGCCAGCCCUAAAGACGCUGUUGCAGACCAUGCUGAAUGGUGGAACUUAGUUUUUUUUCCCCCUCGUGGUGUUGUCAUUUGCUACAUCUGUUCAAUGUUUCGGUGUUGUGGGAGUGGUUGUUCAAGGAAGUACGCGGUGUGGCAUCUUGUUCCUUCUGCAACAAAAACCUUAAAGUGCGUUAAGGGAAAUCAAGUUACAGGGGAACAAAAGGAAGAUCUUUUGGCCAUGCAAAUAAAAACUUCACACUGGUUCAUUUUGGGUGAUUAUGUUGUGGGCGAUUUUUUGCUUUAUCAAACAAUGUUACAGCAUGUGGGUUUUUUUUCCUGUCGAUUUUAAAGGUAAAACUAGCCAGUGCUGUAAAAUAGGUUUCUUUUUUAUAUGCAAUUAAUCCUUGAGAGUUGAUCUUAAUUUUGCAAAAAAAAGAAAAAAAUUAAUUUUCACACUGUUUAAUUAUAGAGGGUUUUUUUAAGCCAGUAGAUGUGGAGAGAAUCCUUGUAAAUAUAUGCAAGCAUGCACAAUCUUCCCUUAAAGGCCUUCCCACCCUCUGCAUAACUUACUUGGAAAUAGUCCUGUGGCAGCUAUUAGGGAAUUACUUUGGUAGUCCUUAUCCUCACCCCAAGAAGCCCUCGUGCACUGUAUAGGAAGGAGAACUGGUAAAAAGGUUGGUUGGGGAGAGAGGUCAGGUAAUGCCGCUCCAAGUGUUCUGGAGUGUCCAGGGGAACUUCUGAGAACAGGAAGUACUGCUGGGAGUAAAGCUGCCAAGGUAAGGUCAUGCUUGCGUAUAAUCUUUGUAAUCUCUGAUGCUUUUGCUUAAAUGUAGCAUCUGACAGACCGUGUAAAUUCUCUUCAGUCCUUAGAGGCUGCUGUGUUCUGCUCCUUGUAAUAGCCCCUUUGCAGGAAUAAGUGAGGUAAGGAACAAAGCACAGGCUAAAACUUCAAAUAACAGAUUUAGAACCUGUACUGUUUUCCUCCUCCUUUACACCCUGUCUCGUCCAAGAUUACAAAUACUGUAGAAAGGAAGCAACUGUCAGCAAACAGCAGACUGGCAAAUUAUUAAAUACAAGUAUAAACAAUCUUCCUCCAGCUAGGAACUUCCCAGAGGGCUCUCUGGCCUUAGGUUGAUCUUUCUGGUCUGGGAUUCGGUCGGUCUCUCCAUCUUUGCUUCUCCCCUGGAUUGGUGUGGCUGGAUAAAUCUCAUAUAAAUAUUUAACUGAUGUAGUUUGAUUUAUAAUACACUAAUUUGGGUUCCUUUCCAUCCUGAAAUCAUAGAUUUGCUUAUGCUGAAUUGUCUAGCAUAGCUCAUAUUUUAAAGAAACAAACCAUGCUGUGGUCAGACUGUCUCAUUCUCUGCUUGUGCCACCAUGUAGCAGCAGCCUAUAUUUUCAGCUUGACCUUCCUUUCUCCCAGCAACUACAGUUGAGAAUUCAAAUGGUGGAGAGUAGACAUAAAGACGUAAUCAAUCAUUCUAUUUUAGGUAGCUCGGUAGGUGAUCUGAAAUCAGAGUUUUGGCAUAAAAUUGAAGGUAUUGGAAGGUCCCGGCGACUUCUAAGGGCACUGCACUUAACACCUGUCACAUUUCUUCUGGAAUUUCCCAUCUCUGCAUCUGUUACCUGAGAACAGAAAACUGCCAGACUGACUGAUACAUCCUGUUCUCCUGAGGAGUUUUUAUUCGCAUGGCCUUAUUUACAUCGGCAUUUUCUCCUCUUCAUCCUACCUGUACUCCAUUCCUUACCCCACCCAAUCAAUUAAGGGAAAAAAGCAUGUGCUGUUGAAUACUAGCAUUCCAAAUCAUCACGGACUUUUGCCUGUUCUCAAACUAGUUUGAAACUGCACUGAAAGGAUGCAUUGUCUGUAAUUUUUUUUGUAAAUGACGUAUAACCUGUAAACUGAAAAAAUAAAUAUUCCCUUCAAGUCUCUCUCUCUGACAUGAAUAAGAACAGGGUUUGGUGAAAGUGUUCUCUGCAGUGGUUCUCUCUGUGUUUGAGGGUGGAAGAACUAAUAGUGAUAGACUCUGGCCAUCUUCUCACUUCAACCUCUAAGAAAAAAAAUGAGGAAAAAGGGAAUUAACAUGUCUUAGCUGCGAUUGCUUCCAUCACUCAGAGAGGCUUGAUCUUGAGAGCUGCUGAUCACUGGCAAGAGGAAAUCCACCCAGGGAAGCUGGGAAUCGGAUUAGCUGACACCCUGUUAAUGUAUGUAUGCAAGUGGAUCCCUUUAGCCAGGUGUGCAUGUGAAGUUUGAGUAAAAGCUGAUUUUAGUUGGGAUCAGGAGCUGCAGUGAAACAAGCAUUACUGCUACUUCAAAAAAUAAACCUGUUGAAAUAAUGUAGGAAGCUACUACUGAAGACUUGGGUAAAGCAGGUGUAUUUUCGAGACUCUGAGAUGUUGCUUCUACACACAGAGUUGUCUUGCAACUUGAUUUUGAUCGCAUAGAAUUCAUUUAUGGUAGACAAGUUUGCCAAAAUGGAGAUUAGAAGUUGUCACUUGAAUGACUAGGAUCUAAUUGCAGAUUGAAAGUGAAAGAGGAACUAAUAUCUGCAAAGCAACUGUACUGUAGCUUAUUCUGGGACUUCUAAGAGCAGCUUAGCUGCAGCUCUAAUGCUUCCCAGCUGCCGUGGCAAUAACACUGCCUGAUAAAAUAGGCAUCACUGUGUCUUCUGCCAUUUCUUUAAAAAGACUUUAAACUCUUUAGGCUGAAAUUCUACAGCUGUUUCAGGGCUGUUACUGGCUGGGUUUUCUAUACUUAGAGAAUAGUGGUGCAUAUACAUAAUAUGGAUACCUAAAGUGCCUGUUUUCUACCAACGCAGACCAACUAUUGACUGCUUUAGGUAUUGUCUAAGAACUGAGAACCGGUUGUGUUAUCAUUUUCAUUUGAGCUCCCAAAACGUCACACUUCCAUUUGCGUCACUUCUGGGUGGAUCACACUGGACGUACUCCUAGCAGCUUAGGAGUUAUCCUAGCAGACUGAAGAGGACUGAGCCCCCGUCACCUCUUCAGCCAAGUUCACCAGCACAGCUCGCUACAGAUUUUCAUCCAUUCUUGCCCUUUGGGGCUCCAGGCCCAAGUCUGUUGCCUCUUGGGGACUGCACUUUGCAUUUUUAAAGUGAAGUGGUCAGCCCACGAGAAUCCUGCACUGCUUUAAUUCUCCCACAGUGGUACUUACUUCCUGCUCUGCUGCAUGUUAAAUGAGUGUAGCAAGGGGAGGGACAGA